CGGGCGGCCGGGCCGCGCCGGCCAUGGGGAAGGAGCAGGAGCUGCUGGAGGCCGCGCGCACCGGGAACCUCCCGGCCGUGGAGAAGCUCCUCUCGGGGAAGCGCCUCAGCUCCGGCUUCGGCGGCUCCGGUGGUGGCGGCGGCAGCGGCGGCGGCUCCGCGGGAGGAGGCGGCGGCGGGAGCGGCGGGAGCGUCGGUGUGGGGCACCCGCUGUCCAGCCUGCUCAGCAUCUGGAGAGGGCCCAAUGUGAACUGCGUUGACAGCACUGGAUACACCCCGCUGCACCACGCUGCUCUGAAUGGCCAUAAGGAUGUUGUGGAAGUUCUGCUGAGGAACGACGCGCUCACCAAUGUGGCAGAUUGUAAGGGCUGUUACCCCCUGCACUUGGCAGCCUGGAAGGGAGAUGCUGACAUAGUGAAGCUCCUCAUCCACCAGGGCCCUUCGCACACCAAAGUGAAUGAGCAGAAUGCUCUUGAGAUCAAAGAACUCAAAAAGUACGGCCCCUUUGACCCAUAUAUCAAUGCCAAGAACAACGACAACGAGACGGCGCUGCACUGCGCGGCCCAGCACGGCCACACCGAGGUGGUGAAGGUGCUGCUGGAGGAGCUCACCGACCCCACCAUGCGCAACAACAAGUUCGAGACCCCCCUGGACCUGGCCGCGCUCUAUGGGAGGCUGGAAGUGGUCAAGAUGCUCUUGAACGCCCACCCCAACCUGCUAAGCUGCAACACUAAGAAACACACUCCGCUGCACCUGGCAGCCAGGAACGGUCACAAAGCUGUGGUCCACGUCCUCCUAGAUGCUGGCAUGGACAGCAACUAUCAGACUGAGAAAGGCAGUGCUUUGCACGAAGCUGCUUUGUUUGGCAAGACAGAUGUGGUACAAAUAUUGCUGGCUGCAGGUAUUGAUGUGAACAUAAAGGAUAACAGAGGCCUGACCGCUCUGGACAUUGUGAGGGAGCUUCCUUCCCAGAAAAGCCAACACAUAGCAGCUCUCAUUGAAGAUUACACCGUUGGGAAGAAAGGUGCCAAAGCUGUGGAGAAAUCUGCUCCAGCCCCGCUCGCUCCAGCCACCGAUGCCUCAGGCCGGACAUCUCAGGGUGAUGUGGACAAAGCUGUCACAGAGCUAAUCAUCGACUUCGAUGUGAACCCUGAAGAGGAGAGCCCGUACGAAGCUUUGUACAAUGCCACAUCCUGCCACUCCCUGGACAGCCUGGCCAGCGGGAGAUCAUCGGACCGGGAAUCUGUGAAUAAGGAAGCUGAACCAAGUGGCCUCAAAGCAGCUGGAGUCAGGCCUAGAGAACGUCCUCCCCCGCCGGCCAAGCCCCCGCCUGAUGAAGAGGAGGAGCAGAAUGUGGAGAAGAAGACAGGCCACAGUGCUCCCUGUGAGGCCUCUGCUGCCCGGGGGAAGAGCAGGGGAAGUGGAGCUGAGGAAGAGGAGCACCCCUACGAGCUGUUGCUUACAGCAGAAACUAAAAAGCCGGUUGCAGUGGACAGGAAAACAAAAGACCACAGGAGGAGCAGCGGCGGCCGCAGCCAGGACUCUGCUGACAGCCAGGACAUCCAGGUGCCAGAGCAGUUCUCGGGGUUGCUCCACGGCUCUUCUCCAAUCUGUGAGAUAAGCGAGGACCCUUUCAGGCUCGUUUCCUCCACGGAGAAGGGGGACACAGAAGCCACGAGCCACCCUGCUGCUAUGCAGCUGGAGGAUGCUGAGUUACCCUCGUCAGGACCAGCACGGAGCAGCUCCCCGGACCCCACGCAGACGGUGGUGUACGCCACAGUGCAGCACGUCAGCCGGGCGGAUCCCGCAGCCGUAGUCACGCCCCACGUGCCGCAGCACCCCAGCAGUGCUGAGCCAGAGGGGGACAGAGCUGUGGGCAGAGCCCACCCGGGCAGCAAGCCCAAAGCCGAGCUCAAACUCAGCCGCAGCUUGUCGAAGUCGGACUCUGACCUGCUGACCUGCUCCCCGACGGAGGACGAUGCCAUGGGGAGCCGGAGCGAAUCGCUCUCCAACUGCAGCACCGGGAAGAAGCGGCUGGAGAAGUCCCCAUCCUUCGCUUCGGAGUGGGAUGAGAUUGAAAAGAUCAUGAGUUCCAUCGGUGAAGGCAUUGACUUUUCCCAGGAGCAGCACAGGAUCUCAGGUUCGCGGAUGCUGGAGCAGAGCGUCGGGGAGUGGCUGGAGUCCAUCGGCCUGCAGCAGUACGAGAGCAAGCUGCUCCUGAACGGCUUCGACGAUGUCCGCUUCCUGGGCUGUAAUGUCAUGGAAGACCAGGACCUUCGGGAUAUCGGGAUCGGUGACCCGCAGCACCGCCGGAAGCUGCUCCAGGCUGCUCGCUCCCUCCCGAAGUUGAAACCCCUGGGCUGUGAUGGGAAUAGCCAGCCCUCAGUUCCUGCAUGGCUCGACUCCCUGGGGCUGCAGGAUUACAUCCAGUCCUUCCUCUCGAGUGGCUACAGCUCUAUUGACACUGUGAAAAACCUCUGGGAGCUUGAGAUAGUAAACGUGCUGAAAGUGAACCUGCUGGGCCAUCGGAAGAGGAUCAUCGCCUCGCUGGCAGACAGACCCUAUGAGGAGCCACCAGCCAAGCCACCACGGUUCUCGCAGCUGAGAUGCCAGGACUUGAUGUCCCAAACGUCGUCGCCCCUGAGCCAGAACGACUCCUGCACAGGCAGAUCUGCCGAUCUCCUGCUGCCCUCCGGGGACACUGCCAAGAGGCAACACGAUCGUGGCACUGAGGUUGCUCCCUACUCCAGAGCUGAGCGCUACAAAGCACAGGAGGACCGUCGGGAGUCCAAGCUAACCCUGCGCCCCCCCAGCCUGGCAGCCCCGUACGCCCCAGUCCAAAACUGGCAGCACCAGCCCGAGAAGCUCAUCUUCGAGUCCUGCGGGUACGAGGCCAACUACUUGGGCUCCAUGUUGAUCAAAGACCUCCGAGGGACGGAGUCUACACAGGAUGCCUGUGCCAAGAUGAGGAAAUCCACGGAGCACAUGAAAAAGAUCCCAACCAUAAUCCUGUCCAUCACGUACAAAGGGGUGAAGUUCAUCGACGCCUCCAACAAGAAUGUCAUUGCUGAGCACGAGAUCCGGAACAUCUCCUGUGCUGCUCAGGACCCCGAGGAUCUCUGCACAUUUGCCUACAUCACGAAGGACCUGCAGACCAGCCAUCACUACUGCCAUGUCUUCAGCACUGUGGAUGUGAACCUGACAUACGAGAUCAUCCUCACGUUGGGGCAGGCGUUCGAGGUCGCCUACCAGCUCGCCCUGCAAGCCCAGAGAGCAAAGCCUCUGGGUGCUGGAGCAGGAGAAAUGAUUGAAACAAAAUCUUCCAAACCGGUGCCUAAACCACGAGCAGGCAUGAGGAAAUCCGCGGUGCCGCUCCCUCCCGACACCCGCUGUUGUUACUGUCACACCUGUACAACACACCGCCCCUCCUACCUGCCGCUGCAGUCUGUUAGUCCUGGAGCGAAGCUGGAUCCCCCUGAAGUGGACCAAGACUCCCAGUCUCAUGCCAGUGUCUCCUGGGUCGUGGACCCCAAGCAGGACUCCAAGCGGACCCUCAGCACUAAGUAUGAGACCACUAUCUUCUAAAGCAAACGCCCGCGUCCGCCCCGUCUAACCGUGCCUUUGCGAUCUGAUCUGUCUGCUCUUCUAAACUCCCUCUUCCUCCAGCUGCUCGCCCUGAGCCCACGUAGGCACCUCGUCCAAGGCAGCAGCACUUAGGAGACUGUAGACUUAAACGGCUUUUGUACCUGAUCGCUGCUGAACACUGUGAAUCUCCUUACUCGGAAACAAGGGUAAAGCGCUGUAGCUGCCCGUGAGGCAGGAGGAGCAGAGAGGGCAGGCUGGCAGUCGGAGAUGUGGAUCCAGGAAAGCCGCCCACCGUUUUCACGUCUUCCCCCCUCGCUCUGGCACUGUGAAUCCCUGGGGCAAUGUGACACUCCCCAGGCCUUUUUUUUCUAUCUCACCUUGUCCUUGGACUGAUGGAGACCUCUUGUCUCUGCGGUGCACACACUCCUUCCUCCUAGAUCCUCCUCUUCCCGACUGAGCCACGGCUGUGUACUGUUCAGUGAACUCACCUCUCCUUCCCUGCCAGUCGAACCGACACUAACCACUGUGAUGCUCUCUGCAAAUAACACACGGGCACUUCCACUUCCUCACGGCCACCCUUGCCCGCAGUCUUCUCCUCAAAGCCCGGCACAGAACCUGCUCUGGGUGUUGGGGGAGCGUUGGUUUGGGCUGGGUGUGAUCGUUCCCACUGUGAGCUCUGUCCCCUCGGAGAUGGAGGGGGGGGGGGGGGGGGGUUGGUUGCAUGCAUUUCAGUCCCUUGUAGGUUUUUCUUCCCCUCAUAGUCCUUGUGUUUACACUCACCAGACUUCUCGUGAGCGCUGGGCGUAGUUCUCACGUGGCAGCCUGUGGUUAAGCUUCCAAAUGCACGUUGUUGUUAGCCCCGGGCUGGGGAGGGGAGGUGUCAGCUGGACACCACAAGCAGCAUCAGCAGGCAGAGGUCAGGGAGCAGCCCUGCGUUAUUUGUCCCUGGUGUUAAGGCCAGCAGCAGCUUAUCUGAGUUUUGCUGUGGCUUUGGAGUUGCUGCCUCAGAGCUUCCAUUUCCCCUCACCUGCGGUGAAAUCUGAUGAUUCAAAGUCCUUAUUUAGCUCUUUCUCAGGAACGAGUUUGAUCUCCCAAGUCAUUUGCAACUUAAUGGCAAACUGACCUCAGACUGAGGGCUCAGCUAGUGAGAACCCAGUGAGAGGACUACAAGUAAAAAAGUUGUCUUAAAGCAAAAAAACAAAGGAAAGCUCAGUCUAGUACAUACAUUUCAUAUGCCACAGAGCCCCCUGACACAGAGCCAGCACUGCCUCGGGGCUGCAGUGCCACCCUGCCAGCCCAGGCCUUGUGGACAGCAGAACAUUGCUGUGCCUGAGGUGCUCCGGGAGGUUGGGUUUGGGUUCCAUCAGCACCUUUCCAAGCUGUAAGAGUGUCCUGAAGGUUUCUGUGUCCCUCUAAGAGAAACUCACUCCCUGGUGUGGGUGGCACAGCAGUUUCUACAUGUAGGUGUUCACCACGCAGCUGCCACACAUCCGCCCAGUGGCAGAGGGUCUGAGCUCUUCACCUCCCCCUGCUCUCAGCUGGGAAUGGCAGGUCCCUUCACACCCCCUAAAUCCGGGUCACGAGAGCAUGUGCCUUCCUAAGGGUGACCAAACCCAGCGGGGAUCACAGGCAGCCCUGCCCAAACCGCGCCGCUGCCGCUCUGUGUCCGUAGCCCUGACGGCUUUUGUGUCCCAUCUCCGGGCCGUUCGCCUCACCUUUCCCAGCACCUGUCUUUGUAUGACUCGGAAAUUCAUUCCAUUAUCUUCCUUUCUGUUUGCCUCUGCGAAGCUGAGCUCCGGGCAGCCGUCUCCUACCACGGGAUGUAGUAGCGGGACAGAGACCUGGGACGCAGUGGCCUCCUGACGUGAAGAUCAUUUCCCUCUGGCACGGGUGGCUGCCUCGGAGUGGGUGUGUGGCUGCUCGGUGAGGGCUCCCAGAGCAGAGGGGGAAAGGGACCCAGCCUCCGCCCAGGAAAGCCGCUCUCUCCGUUCCUAGCUAAGGAAAACUCGAGACUCGGAGGCCGAGAACGAUGUCGCCUUUUCUAGUUUGAGACAAACGUCUUUCGACCCGUUUCUUUUUUAACGAAGUGACACACAGCAAAUCCGGUUCACGGUUUCAAUGUAGCGCUGCAGCUUUUUGGUGAGGAAAAAAAACAAAGAAAUUUUUAUUUACUGAGAAUCCCGCAGUCCGGCGAGGAGCACGAUCAAAAGUCUUAGCAGGGGUGUGGUGUGCGCAUUUCUGACGGUACUUACUCUGCUUCAGCUCUGGGUGAACAGGAGAAAAUGCCAAAUUCCUGGAAAUCCCUUCCUCCCGUGUGAGAACCUGGUGGGGUAAGUCUGCAUCCUGUUCUCCAAGCUACUCCACAUUUUUGUAGCAAAUGGAAGUAACUGGAGGAGAAGAAUCUGCAAAGGAUCUUUCACCCCAGAGCAGCUGUGGCCAAUUUCCCCAAUGGUACAAAGCUUCCUUAUCCCCCAAACUGUCGUGUUGCAAUACUUGACAUUUCUAUGGCAAGGACCCCGUUUCUUCCCAUUUCCGCACUGAAUUCCUGGGGACAACUCCCUUCUCCAGCCUCUGUGCACCUGUCUUGUUUUUAAAUGCAGUUAUGCCCUGAAAGGUUGGGGUUUUUUUAAGUAUAUUCAAUUGUGAUUUAGCACUUUUUUGAUACUAGCUCAUUAUUUAAUUAGUGCAACAGUUUCAGAAGAUGAACAAAUAAGGAGUUAAAUUUUGGGCAUUACACUGAAACAGUCCAUCCCCAAGGACAAACCACAUCAGCCUGAGGGUGGCUUGGCCCCGUCCGAGCCCAGUGUCCCCAAAGACACCACCUCAAAGGUGCUGUGUGCUUGCUUUUAUUCCGAAUUACAGUGUUUCAGAGUGGUUUGGGCUGUGACUGACGUGUUUUCAGACUGUUCCCCUCUGGGGAGAAUGUUAAAAUGGUUGUGAUAUGAAUUCUUCAGAUGCAAAAUAUAGUGCAGUGUGUCCGUCAUGAUCUCGUCAGGCCCUGUCAGGGCUGUGGGACCUGCUGCCGCACGGGAACGCUGUGCCCAAGUAAUUCCUGUUUAACUCCAGUUGCUGCUGUAUGUCAGGAUUUCCUUUAGUCUCUCUCACCAGUGAGGCUGGGAGGGAAGUGAACCAUAAUCCCAAGGGCACAGACCUGUAAAGGAUUGGGAAGGGGGAGUGGAGAUUUUGGGUUAAGUCGAUGAAUUUAGGAAACCUAACAUUCCUUGUUAUGCACAUGUUGCAAUUCAUACUGGUGUAAGUGUAAAUAUUUGGUGUGUUGGCAACAAGUCUUUGGUGAGAUUGCAAAUUGAACCUCUGCUUGGGAGGAGGGACACCUUUCCUUUCUGAAACGUGAGCUGUUUCGGAGGUUGGCUUGGAGGUGAUGUGGUGAUGAAGACUCCAAUCUUCAGGCGCUGGGCUCAGUGACCCUGGUGGUCCGUUCUAGCCCCACGUGUAAACCUGUGGUUGUCUUUAGUGAUCCAUUCUUUAGCCAGAUACUCCCUUUCUCACCUCACAGACAGAGCAGUUGUUUUGGCAGUUCAGUGUGGUGGGGUCUCUCAAGGGACUCGGUGCUGGAGACUGACCCUGGGCCAUGCCAGUCGCUGGCUCCCGGCCACCUUCACCCACCCACGGCGCAGUAUUCGGGCUCUUCCUCCCUGCAGGGUUUUGUGCUAUCUGGAGGAAAGUGCCCCAAAUUUCUGGUGCUGAACAUGACAUUGCAUCCAAUUGCAUCUGCUGUAUUACCUGCCCGGGAGGAGUUGGGGCUGCCCCGGGCCUCGUUCCUCUCUUAAAGACAGAUUGUGUUUCACAGACUUUGGUUUGUGGGCUGAGCCCUCACUCACGGCCGGCAAACGGAGUUGCCGAGUUUUGUCUUUCUUUUUAUAGGAGGGGAUGAAUUUUUGUUUUUCAAAUUGAAGAUGCUUUAUCCUUUUUUUAUUUUGUGUUUACAAAGAAAAAAAACAGCGCUAAUCUUAGCUGUUCAGCUGACUUUAAACUUGCUUUGGGAUUGUUCUUUUUAGAAGAAAUUAUGCAACUUUUUUGGGGUACACGCCUGUCCCCCCUCCCAGGGAGAAGAUGCGGCACCUUCCAGGCUGUACCUGUAGUGAAGUCUGUACCUUCAGGAGGCUGCUGAGACACAGAGCAGAUGCCAAAAAGCCCUGAACACGUCCCGUUCUGUGUGCAGCUGAGGUGGAGCCAAUGCUUUAAUGCUCCUUCCACCCACCUCAGAAGUUUGCAGCAGCAGCAGCAGCAGCAUUUCCCCGGUUCUGCUCAGAUCCAUGUUUUGGAGCCGGCACAGUGCUCACAAUGCUGUCAUGUUGCUAAGGUCUCCCUUUUAGAUCUCACAUUGGUAUUACUUAAAUUUUUCUUUCCCCAAAGAAAAGUACCUAUGCUGUUCUCGCUAAGUCAACCCAGCUCAGACAUUUUUCUUACCCACAGAAGAAUAACCUGGGAUUCCCUGACAGAGCAGAGACAGUCAAGUUCAGUUUGCAAUGUGGACAUUUUUGCUAAUUGUGAUGUAUGGCAGUGGGGCUGAUUUGUAAUACAAAUGUUAUUUAAUCUGUCUGUAUUUUGAUACUUGAAUUUCCUUUUAUUUCCUGUAUAUACAAUUGUUAAUCUGUUCAAAUUUGUCUGAAUUUUAAACAUCUUGUGGUACCAAACAUAACCAAUCUGUGCAACAACAUAGACUGACCUCACUACAACAAGGCGAGAUUGUAAAUAUUCCUGGGCUUCCAGCAGUCGUUUUGUUGUUUUCAUAAUUGUACAACUUAGAACAGACCGAAUUAAUAAACAACCUUAGACACA